GAAUACGUUACCAUAGCACGCUUUGAAUUUGAGUUUGACAAUUCAGACACCGCGUCCUAACAGCUGUUUUUAACCAAUUGUUUCAAAAAGCACGGUUUGAAUCAGUUGAGGUAGAUGCACGUGUUUAGUGGAAAUUAUAAAUAGGAUAUCAUAAGUUUUCUUUGUUUUAAACAUGAGUGAAGACGUAGGUGUAAAAGCCCCUGUAACACGCUUGAGGCGGAGAUUGUCAAUUGAGACUGAGGAUGUAAAAUCUCCUGCUGGGACUAUUACACCAACUAAGAAAAAAGGUGGAAGGCUGGCCACAAAACCACAACUUGAUUUAAUUGAAGAAAUUGAUUCAGGCCAAGUUCCAAAAAGGUCCACUCGUAAAACGGCAGUAAAAGAUAUAGAACCUGUUGAAGAAAAACCAAUGACGCCUUCAAGACGCAGUGCCAGGAUAAGAUCCAAUACUAGUAUUAUAUCAGAAACUCCCCAGGCUUUGGACUCACCAAGAGCAAAGAGAGCAGCUGCAAGGCGAACUUCUCAAGCUGGAAGUGACAAUGAUGCACCAAUCACACCUGCAAGAGUUACCAGAAGAACUAGGAAGGAUUCUACAUCAAGCAUUGACAAACCAGCUGACAAAGCCAGUUCCAAAACAUCUGCACCCGCAGAAAUAAUAGUAGAAGAACAGGAGACAAAUACUUAUGAAACUGAUUCAAAGGACAAAUCCAUCAAUAAAAGUCCUAUAUCCAGAGGAAAGAGAGGUAAAAAAAAUAAUUCAUCCAAAUCUUCUAAUGACACUGAAGAUGACAUCGAUAAUAAACAUUUGGAUACUUCAACCAAUAAAGAAAACCAAGUAAAGCAUGAAGAAUCUAUAAAAUCUAUGCAUAAAAAACCAACCGAUAAUAGUGAAAACAAAGACAUACAUAAAGAUUAUGAUAACAAAGAUGAGCGUAAUGAAAUUUUGACUGAAAACCUUGAUGCAAAACCAAAAAAUAAUAGGUCAAUAUUACAUAAAAGUGCAUCUGCAAUUGAAGAUUUUAAAAGUAAAAGACACAGAACAAUAUCUGUAUCAGCUAUCCCAACACUCAAUACAAAUGAUUGUAGUUUCUUUAGUGACACUGAGAUAUCAAAAAAGAGGAGAAAAAAUAAAUCAUUGACAAGCGGUUCCAGUGUUACUAUGUUUGUCCAGGAUGGUGAAAUUUCCAAGAAAAGUAAUGAUAGCUUAUUGACACCAUUACAAAAUAUAAAUAAAAAGGAUGACUCUCUAAAUACUUCUGUAAACUCUAAGAAAUUUAUAGAAAUUGAGAAUGAUAAUGAAAUGAAAUCAAUGAAUACAUCAGGAAACCUAAAUAUUAAUGAAGAAACUACAGAACAUGACAAAUCUACUAAUUCUGUACUAAAAACAGGAUGGAAGAAAAAUAUUAUUAAUCAGAUUCAAACAGGAAGCAAAUUGGAUUCGAAAAAUAAAAAAGAUUACAUUUCGCCCAUAAAAUGUUUUGAAAAUGCUCCAAGCAAGAAUAUUCAAUCUGUAGUAAUUUUAGAUGAUGACUCUGAUUCAAAUGCAGUAACGAAUGACAAUAUACGCCCCGUUCCUUAUUUAGAUAGUGAAGAUCAAUGUGUGCCUGUUGUAAAGCAUGAUAAUCAAACUGAUAGUAAUGAAGCUAUACCACAUAAUAACAGCUAUGAACCUAUGGAUAUAGAUGAAUCCAUUCAACAAAAUACAUCUAUAAAUAAAUCAGUAAAAAGUACUCCUAUAGCACUCAACAAAUUGGGGACAAAAAAACAAUCUUUAAUAACUAUGGACCAAAAUGAUGAUAGCAGUCCCAACAAGUCGAAACGAAAAUCUUUACUUUCUUCUUUUGAAUCACACAACGAAAAAUCUACCUGUGAAAGCAAGAGUACCCUUAUAUUAUCUCAAAUUAAGGAUACGUCAAGCAAUGAAAUUGAAAAAAAGUUACCUAAAGCCAACAAUAAGGAGGAAUUGUCUAAAUCCAUAAAUAUUCCUGAUAAAAUUAAGAACAAAGAAGUUGAAAAAAGAAAGUUGUCUCUAGAUUAUUCAACUAGCACCCCGCUUCAACAAAAAUCUAUGAAAAAGUUGGGUGUACCAAUUGAUACUUCAUUAAUUAGUCCUAAAAAUGAUGUAACAGAUGGGAAGAAAAGAAAAUCAAAAGAAAGUUUUUAUGAUUCAAAAAAACAGACUAAUACUGAUAAUGAUGUUGACUCAGAUCAAUCUGAUGAGUCAGGAGCAGAAAUAACAAAAACACAAAAUGAAAUAAUAGAUGAUGAGGCUGAAGAAGCAAGUGAAGAUUAUGAAUCUGGGGAUAGUCAAGAUUCAGACGAUAGGCAAUAUGAGGAAGAAAAUAGAAUUGUAGAGAAAGGUGAAACUUUGGAUACUGAGGAAGAAUUUUCAGAUGAUACAGAUUAUGAAAAAGACUCUUUUGUUGUAAGUUCUGAUGCAGAAGAUAAUGAACUCUUGAGUGGUUCUGGGGAUGAUCUGUCUAUGAGCGAUAAUGAGCUGUCAAUGAGUACGAAAUCAAAGAAAAAAUACAACGAAAAGAAAAUUAAAGAACAAAAGAAAGCAUCGAAAGAAAUGUAUGAAGCGCGCCACAAACUGGAUAAUUCCAAUAAACGUAUGCCGAAAUUAAAAACAAAGAAAAAUAACCGCCAACGCUUAGAUUCGUCAAGUUCGGAAUCUGGUGAGGAAAUAUCUUUUAAAAAAAAGAAAAACAAUCGUCAGAGGAUAGACUCAAGCCAAGAUUUAACUGGAAUAAAUUCAGAUGCCAAUGAGUCCUUGACUGAGAAUGGAGAAACUAAACAAAAAAGGAGGCGAAAACAGUUGUCUGAAUCUGCCUGUGAUGAAAAUGAUUUAAAUGAACAAGAAAUUACGAUUUGCAAUGAAAAUAAAAUAGAAGAGAAAGAUCCUAUUUCUGUCACAAUUAAGCAUGAACCAAAAACACCUCAAAAGGAUAACAACUUAUCUGCUGUAGUUAUCAAUCAAAAUAUUGAAGAAAUUAAUGUAGAUCAGAAUGUAACUAUUUUGAAGCCAAACGAAACAUCAGACCCAUUACAAGCUACAGCACUCGAAAUUGAUGAAAACUCAUCCUCCAGUGAAGAAAACAAAGAAAUAAUGGAUAAUUACAAUUCAGUUCUUGAAGGGUUAAACAAUAAACCUAAAGGAAACAAAAUACUUAACAACUCUUUAAACAUAGAUAAGAAGCAAAAGAAGAUUAAGGAGGCAUGUGUGUUAAUUGAACAAUUGAAUCUAACUCAAAUUAAAUCAAAGACAAUUAAAAAGAAAUCAAUUGAAAAAGUGUCUUUAGAAACAGAAACUCACACAGAAAGAGAGAAUAAGACACCCGUCGAGAAAGAAGAUGAUGAUGCUUCAGAUUCAAUAAAUAUGCGCCUCCUUUUUACGGAAGAUAGUAAUGACAGCGAGAAUCCUAAUACAGAUAGCAUAAAAGAAGUUAGUGUAACAAAUAUAAGCGAAGACAAAGACUUUAUACCAUUGAAGAAAACAGAAGCAAAAACUAAUUUAUUGGAAGAUAUGGAUACCGCAUCUAUACUUGAUAAUUCAUCUCAACUGAAUGAAAGCAAGAAACUGAAAAAUAACCAACGGUCUUCACUGAAAAUUCCAGAAGAAAAUUCACCAUCAAAUGGCACAGAGAAAAAUGAAGUUAGUUUCUUCAUUGACACAACGGGUACUAGAGAUGACCAAGAUGAACCAAUGAAUGUAUCAUUGAGUGCUAGCAGUAAGAAGAAGAAAAAGCGUAACAGCUCUUUGACGGAUGUUCAAGAAUUUUCCAUCAUCGCUGACGGAGCUACUGGAGAGAAGACACCGAAAAAAUCUGUUGAUACUGAAGUGGUUAUCACAGAUGAAGUUGAAAAUGAAUCAGAAAAAAUUACACCGCAGAGUGAAAAGAAAAAAAAGAAAGGAAAGAAAUCAUUGAAUAUCACCGAAGUUGAUGAACUGCAAAAUGAGAUCAGUCAUGAUGAGCCAACAGAUCAGAUCAAGACACCACAGAGUGGGAAGAAAAAGAAUAAAUCAAUAUGGUCUUUGGAUGAGUCUGAAAAUAUUAUGCAUAAUGUUCAAGAGGAAAAAGAACAGGAGAUAUCUUUUGAGAAUAAAGCCAGCAGUGACAAGAAAAAGAAAAAAGCCAAUACAUCUCUAACUGAUACUCAAAAUGAACAAGUUGAUGGAAUUAGUGAAGCACCUACAGGAGAAGAGGAACAAGAAAUGUCAUUUAAUAUCUUUACUUCCAGUGACAAGAAAAAGAAAAAAAAGAAAAAAUCUCUGAAUAAUACACAAAAUGAGCAAGUUGAUGAAACCAGUGCAGUGCCUACAGAAGAAACCCCACAAGAAACAUCGUUUGAUAUUUUAACAGCCAGUGAUAAGAAAAAAGCCAAAAAGUCUUUAACUAAUAUACAAAGUGAACAAAUUGAUGAAACCAGUGAAGUGCCUACAGAACAAAUUCCACAAGAAACAUCCUUUGACAUCAUAACUGCCAGUGGCAAAAAAAAGAAAAAGGACAAAAAAUCUUUAACUAAUGUACAAAAUGAACAAGUUGAUGAGAUUACUGCAGAGCCUAUAGAAGAAAAUCCACAAGAAACAUCCUUUGAUGUCAAAGUCAGCAGUGACAAGAAAAAGAAAGCCAAGAAGUCAUUGACUAAUAUGCAAAAUGAUGAAACUAAUGAAAUAAAUAUAGAGGACAAAGAACAAGAAAUAUCCUUUGAGGGCCAAACUGGUAGCGAAAAGAAAAAGAAAAAGGCCAAAAAAUCUCUAGACAAUAUUCAAAAUGAACAUGUUGUUGAAACUAGUGAUGAGCCUACAGAGGUUAUGCAACAAACUAAGAAGAAACGAAAAUCCAGUCAAUCCAAUAUUGGCACAAAUGAAAUCAUUCCUUUAGAAGCAAAUAAGUCAGAUGAUGAAGGGGCACCUUUAGAGAUUUCCUACCAAAGUAAUAAGAAGCACAAGAAUGUGUUGCAGUCACAACUGUCAGAACCAAAUAUUGAUAACAAAGAGAUUGGUUCAAAGAAACGGAAACGAAAACAUUCUGCCACGGCUGAUGAAGAUGCUACUGUAGAAAAUAUUAAGGAAAAACCCACCAACGAACUGUUAAAUGAAUCGGCAACAGGAAGGCAAAACAAGAAACGUAAAAUAAAUAAUAAUUCACAGGAUCUCAGUUCACAGGAUAAAGAUGCUACCAAACAUGGCAAAGAGCUAUCUAAUCUGGAGAAUAGUAAACCUGCAAAAGUAAAGAAAACUAAACAUGCAAAACAAGAAAAUAAUCAAAUUAUUGACAAGGACACAGAAAGCACCAAACAGAACAAAAAACGAAAGGAAAGAGAUGACGAUGAUAUCACAAAUGUGUCAAAGGUACUCAAACAAAGCUCCUUCGACAAAGCGCAAGUGCCGCGGCUUCCUUCACACAUUCUAAACCAACUAGAAGAUAAACCAAACAAAACUAUUGCAGAAGCUAAAAAGGCAAAAGUCAUAGCCACUACUAAGUUUACAGUGGAAAAUGCAAAAGUGAGAAGAAAUAAACCUUCAAAUUAUUUGGAGGAGAGUGUGUACUUAAAUGACGAUACACUUGUUGAGAAAAAGCAAAAGAGGUCCAUCAAGAAACCCAAAGUGCUACCGUUUAUACCAACAGCUUCCACUUCUGAUAAAGGGUUCACAACAAACUUUAGAAUUAAUGUUUUACCUACUGAAACCCAAUUUGUUGCUCAAGCAACCAAUGUCACAAAUUUCAAAAAAGAUUUCUUACAACAACAAAAAAUGAAAAAGUUCCACACAUUUGAAAAAUACAAGAAUCAAAGGAAUGUCAAGUUAUCUAAGUUUUAAUUUAAUGUUUAUUUUAAUUAUUGAUUUUUAAUGUCUGGUCACAUUAUUUGUUUUGAUAUUUUAUUUCCAAUGUUUUUGACAUCAAACAACGCCCGUAAUUAGACAUUGCAAAUAAUAAUUGUUAAUUUAUGUCAAGGAAAGAGCCAUUAGGUCUUACGACUUUACAUGGAAUCUGAUUAAUUAUUUAGAGUGGGUAACUUUCAGGCUUCUAGAAACAAUUAAAUAUAAAUACAAUAUAUUCACAGAACCAUAAAUGUGAAGUCUGCUAAUGCACUACUAUUCUAUAAAUGUUUCAAUCGCCUAUGAGCUUAUUUAACAUACUGUUUAUACUUUUCUUGAUCCUUAAUCUAUCUUAGAAUAACCUAGAUGUAAUCAAGUUUCUAUAAAUAAUUGUUAUUCUGUAACCCAGAGGUAACUGAUGACUGAAUAUCUACUAAACUAAAUUUAAAGAAAACGAAUGUUUGAUUUUUCCCGCCAUUAUGUUUGUGUUAAUAGGAUAUGGCCGCUAGUGGGCGCUAGUGUUUGUAAAAGUGGUAUCGCCCAUGUGCAUGUUCUUUGCGAUUAUUUUGUAAUUGACUUCUUAUCAUAUAUGGUUUUAAUCAAUAAAGUAUCCAUUAGA